GGACCUGAGCCCCAUCGUCUUCAGCCCACGCGCGCAGGGCGCGUACACGUGGUGACCUGCCUGGGCCCGGGUUCCCGGCUCCGGCUCCUCCUCCCUCCAGCUUUUGCUGGGCUUCUGCAGUAUCACGUGCAGCGGCGCCGGGUGCAGGAUGGCGGUGGCGGCAGCAGCAGUGGGUGUCAGGCUCCGGGACUGCUGCAGCCGGGGCGCCGUUCUCCUGCUCUUCUUCUCCCUGUCCCCUCGGCCUCCGGCCGCGGACGCCUGGCUACUGGGACUACGGCCCGAGGACACCGCGGGAGGCCGCGUGUCCCUAGAGGGGGGCACCCUGCGCGCAGCUGAAGGCACCAGUUUCCUUCUGCGCGUCUAUUUCCAGCCGGGGCCCGCGGCGCCUGCCGCGCGGAUCCCCGCACCCACUCUCUCCCCGGGGGAAAACAGCACCGGUGACUGGGCUCCGCGGAUCGUGUUUAUCGAGGAGCCACCCGGCGGCAGCGGCGUGGCGCCCAACGCGAUUCCCACGCGCCCCCCGGGGCCGCAGCGCUGCCGCGAGCAGAGCGACUGGGCGUCGGACGUGGAGGUCCUGGGCCCCCUGCGCCCCGGGGGUGUGGCGGGCUCGGCCCUGGUCCAGGUGCGGGUGCGGGAGCUGCGCAAGGGAGAAGCGGAGCAGGGCGGCGCGGGCGGUGGCGGGAAGCUCUUCUCGCUGUGCGCCUGGGACGGGCGCACUUGGCACCACCACGGCGCUGCCGGCGGCUUCCUGCUGCGCGUCCGGCCGCGGCUUUACGGCCGGGGCGGUGACCUGCUCCUCCCCGCGUGGCUGAGGGCACUUGGGGCGCUCCUGCUGCUCGCCCUGUCUGCCCUCUUCAGUGGCUUGCGCCUGAGCCUGCUCUCGCUGGACCCGGUGGAGUUACGCGUGCUGCGGAACAGCGGCUCGGCAGCCGAGCAGGAGCAGGCGCGCCGCGUGCAGGCCGUGCGCGGCAGGGGGACUCAUCUGCUCUGCACCCUGCUCCUGGGCCAAGCCGGAGCCAAUGCAGCCUUGGCCGGCUGGCUGUACGCCUCGCUGCCGCCGGGGAUCGGGGGCACUGGGGAAGCCUACAGCGAGACAGGGAUUCACUUCCCGUGGCUGCCAGCGCUCGUGUGCACCGGCGCCGUGUUCCUGGGUGCUGAGAUCUGCCCCUACUCCGUGUGUUCGCGGCACGGGCUGGCCAUCGCCUCGCACAGCGUGUGCCUGACCCGGCUCCUGAUGGCGGCCGCCUUCCCCGUAUGCUACCCCCUGGGCCGCUUGCUGGACUGGGCGCUGCGCCAGGAGAUCAGCACCUUCUACACGCGGGAGAAGCUGCUGGAGACGCUGCGGGCCGCAGACCCCUACAACGAUCUGGUGAAGGAGGAGCUCAACAUCAUUCAGGGCGCCCUGGAGCUGCGCACUAAGGUGGUGGAGGAGGUGCUGACGCCCCUCGGCGACUGCUUCAUGCUGCGCUCCGACGCCGUGCUUGACUUCGCCACAGUCUCCGAGAUCCUGCGCAGCGGCUACACUCGCAUCCCGGUGUACGAGGGCGACCAGCGGCACAAUAUUGUGGACAUUCUGUUUGUCAAGGAUUUGGCCUUCGUGGACCCGGACGACUGCACCCCGCUCCUCACUGUCACUCGCUUCUACAACCGGCCCUUACACUGCGUCUUCAAUGAUACUCGGCUGGACACAGUGCUGGAGGAAUUUAAAAAGGGAAAGUCUCACCUAGCCAUUGUCCAGCGAGUGAAUAACGAGGGAGAAGGGGACCCCUUCUAUGAGGUGAUGGGCAUCGUCACACUGGAGGACAUCAUAGAAGAGAUCAUCAAGUCAGAAAUCCUAGAUGAAACAGACCUGUACACUGACAACCGGAAAAAGCAGAGAGUCCCACACCGGGAGAGGAAGCGGCAGGACUUCUCCUUGUUCAAGCUUUCUGACUCAGAGAUGAGGGUGAAGAUCUCGCCACAGCUCCUGCUGGCCACGCACCGCUUUAUGGCCACAGAAGUGGAGCCCUUUAAGUCUCUGUACCUUUCGGAGAAGAUCCUGCUUCGCCUCCUGAAACAUCCCAAUGUGAUCCAGGAGCUGAAGUUUGAUGAGAAGAACAAGAAGGCCCCGGAACACUACCUCUACCAGCGCAACCGCCCUGUGGACUACUUUGUGCUGCUUCUACAGGGUAAAGUGGAGGUGGAGGUUGGUAAGGAGGGCCUUCGCUUCGAGAAUGGAGCCUUCACCUACUACGGUGUCCCAGCCAUUAUGACCACUGCUUGCUCAGAUAAUGACGUGCGGAAGGUUGGAAGUCUGGCGGGAUCCUCUGUCUUCCUAAACCGGUCCCCUUCUCGCUGCAGUGGGUUGAAUCGCUCUGAAUCUCCAAACCGUGAGCGCAGCGACUUUGGGGGGAGCAACACCCAGCUAUACAGCAGUAACAACAACCUCUAUACACCCGACUACUCGGUCCACGUCCUCAGUGAUGUGCAGUUUGUGAAGAUCACACGGCAGCAGUACCAGAAUGCACUCACCGCCUGCCACAUGGACAGCUCACCCCAGUCCCCUGACAUGGAGGCCUUUGCUGUCGGAGACUCCACCAAGGCCCCGACUACGUGGGGAACACCCCAAACCCCCAAGGAUGACCCUGCCGUCACCCCCCUGAAUGACAGGAGCAGCCUGCUGUGUGGCCGCUCAGAUGGGCUGAAAAGCCCAGGCGAGGUAGUAUACCUGAGGAUGGAGGAGAUGGCCUUCACUCAGGAGGACGUGGAUGACUUCGAGGAGCGCGGCACCCAGCAACUCUCACUGUCUCCUGGAGCUGUUCCCACAAGAGCAGCACCAGAUAGUGAAUGUUGUAAUAUCAACCUGGACACAGAGACCAGUCCCUGCAGUAGCGACUUUGAGGAAAGUGUGGGCAAGAAGCUGCUGAGAACCUUGAGUGGUCGAAAAAGGAAGCGGUCACCAGAUGGGGAGAGAACUUCAGAGGAGAACUCCAAUUUAACGCCUCUGAUCACAUGACAGGGCACAGACAGCAUUCGCUGGGUGUGUGAGAUUCCAGAGUUUUGGGGGAGAACCCACCCUCCCAUCACCUGUUUCACCCUGAGGCCUCCCACAGGUGACAGAGCAUUCUGCUUUCCUUUCCACCUCUUCACCUUAGCUAUCAGUUUGGCACAUUUUUCCCUCUUAGCCUCCAAUUUGACUCAGAGCCUUCCUGCAGCCUUAAUGGAAGGUGGUACUUCCAGUGGGACAUGCUAGAAAUGGUCUUGUCUGUUGCACAAUCUGAGACUGGAGAAGAAAUUACCCCAAGCUGACAAUGCCACUCUGGGGCCCCUGAUGCCAUAGGAGACCCAUGUGCUGGAAUUCACCGUUUCUUCCUCCAGAGCAAAAUAACUUUCUACCAUAUUUCAUGCUUAGCUUAACUCAGAAGGUACCACUGGCAGACAGGCAGAUGGAGGGAGGCUGGAAUAGCAGGUAUGAAGACUGGUUCAAGGAAUGGACCAAGAAUCCCUCCAGAACUUGAGAGCCGUGGGACUAGGCCAUGUUGGUAUGGCUGGUUUCCUGCUAGAUAAGGAUUCCAGCAGCCUGGGGAAGUGUGUCUCAGCUGGAACGGAAAGAAUGUGAGUUGGAGCCUCAAGUCAUUGUAUUUCCCAGGGACACAUCUGUUUUGGCUCUCAGUCAGCAGCCAUCGAUCAAUCAAUAAAUCUGCUCUGAAAGAGGAGGAGCAGGGAGCAGAGAGACCCAGUUGGGAGCCAGAGAUGGAAUUUCAGGUUUUAAGUGCAAAUCAAAGCAAAAAAAAAAAACUUACAUGAAAAAAAUUCUAAGCAAAUUUUAGCCAUGACCAACCAAAGAAUGCACAGGUCAGCCAAGGAGGAUGCAAGCUCUCGUGGGACUGCAGUGUGCAGUGCACAGGAAUGUCGAAAGUCAUUCUUUUCCAUCCUUUCUGACCCCCACCCUCACCCCUUACUCUACCACAGCAGGUCAGCUAAGUGUAUUUAUUCUAAGAAUUUACUAAACCAAGACAAAAAAACCAGACCCCUUGCCGUCGAAUCGAUCUUGACUCCUAGUGACCCUAUAGGACAGAGUAGAACUGACCCAUAGGGUUUCCAAGGCUGUAAUCUUUACAGAAGCCAACUGUCACGGCUUUCUCCCAUGGAGCCGCUGGUGGGGGUUUGAACCACCAGCCUUUUGGUUAGCAGCUGAGCACUUAACCACUGUGCCACCAGAGCUCCCUAAGAAUUUACUACAUCUCCGUUUUUCACCUGGAUGGUGGGGACAGUGCAAUUUCCAAAAAUAACCACCAGAUGGCAGAAUGAACAUAACUACUUCCAAGAACAAAAAUAGUUCUGACCCAGAAGCUCAACCAGCCUUAGGGAAAAUUUGGAAGUAAGUAAAGUUUGUCUCUGGAUACCCAUCUCCCUUUCUAAACUAUCUCCCAUCCCACGGUGCCAUCAGUCAGGCAUCCAAUGAUCCAGUGCUGCCUGCUGAAUCUCCAAACCAUUCCCUAACUUUUUCCUGUGGUAUACCCCCCCCGCCCUGCCCAUUUCCAAAGCUGUUACUUCACUGCCCCUUCAAUCAAUAAUCACAUGGGAAAGGGGGGGCUGAUAAUUCCUCUGGGUUAUUUGCAUCUCAAUAGAAAAUGCUCAUUAACCCAGGGGAACCUUUAACUCAGGGGUUCUUAACUUGGGGUCCAUCACCCCAGGUCCACAGGUGGACUUCAGAGGGUCCAUGCCCCUGAAAUUGUCUUCAGAAUCUAGUUAUGCGUUCUUAUGCGUGUUUUCCAGAGGGCUAAUGCUUUCAUAAGAUUUCCAAAGGUUUCAGACCUACCAAGGGUUAAAAACCACUAUUUUAACUAGUGGAACAUUCAGACCGGAGUUUCUGCAAUGCAGAGUGAAGUGAGUCCUGGGCAGUAGGUGACAGAUUUUUAGUUAUAAGUGGUCUUCUCGAGUGUCCAUCAAAUCGACAGGGCAGGCUGGCACCCACCAAGAAGUGGGAGUCCUCAGUGUCUUGGCGCACAAUAGUACAGCCUACAGCCUAUAUAACUUGCCCCCCACCUUCCCCACCCAAUCAGAGUAGGUGUUCCAGACAGGAGGGUCACAGCACGUGGAAGUAAAGAGUUUCCAGCCAGGAAUGACUUUUCUUCCAGCCAUACGUUAUUCAUUUCAACAUGCCCCUUGCCCAGCCUGGCCUGAGGCCCAACAGUGCAUGACUUCCUGUAGGUAAGUCCACAGCCACCUCUUCCCAACACCUGCUGUUACCUGGUGAGAAUCAGCACAGUGUCUGCUCUCGGCGCUGGGUGCCUCAGGUCCAGACUAGGGAACAGCAUUUCAAACAAGAACUGCCAUCAUGCAGUCUGUGUCCAGGUGACCACUGGCCCAAGGGGGUUUGCCUGGCAAGUCUUCUCUCAUUAGCCCUAAGGCCUCCAGGCUCAGGCUACUGCUGUUACAUUACAUCCAUCCCUUUGCAAACCCCCUAAUGCGAGCCUGUCACCACUCCCCUCCUUAUCCCCCUCCAAAGUUUUUCUUCAGCCUAAUAAGUUUUUUUUUUUUUUUAAAAAAAAGAGGAUUUUAAAAUAAAGCAUUUAUGAAAACUCAAACUGUAAAUAAUUUUUAAAUAAAAUGAAAAUGCCUUUUCUGGAA